GCGCGGCUUGAAUACGAACAUUGUUUGAGGGAAAGAGAUAACUGAAGGCGCUCCUGGCAAUCAGGAGGAAGAAACUGGAGAAAGAGGGCAAUCUGGUCGGGCCGGAGACAAGAGGAGGAGGAGUGUGCAAAACGGCUCCUCACCCUGCCGCCUCCCCGCUCUCCUCCGCACCCAGAGCCGGCGUCGGAGAGGAGGACUCGCAAUCUGCGCCACCGGGGGAGAGAAGAGAAGGUUAAGAGUCCUGGGGGCGGGGCAGAGUCGAGUUGCCGGAACGCAGCUGCCUUGUCGUCGUCCUAGUCGCCGCGGCGGCGGCGGCUUGUAAACAGAUCCGGGGCCUCCACGUGACCGCCUGAAGUACCUGUGUGAGGGGACUGUAUUGACUAGUCUUGUCUUGUCCCCGGCAGGCAAGCAGCAGCAGCAGCAAUAGGAGCCGCCGCCGCCGCCGCCGCCGCCUGGCUCUUGACAACAAAGCAGAGAGAGAAGGGGCGGCGAAAGAGAGCGCGCGCACCGCGGCGGCCGUUGCAGUUACUGACGAUUCUCUCGCGCCUUAGCCUAUCCCCUCAUCCCUUCCCAUCGCAUCCCACCCGGCCCCGCCAGUAGCGCAUCCUUCUCUUUCAGCUUCCCUCCCUCUUGCCUGCCCGCCGGCCGCUAAAAUGGCUGAGGCUCCUGGGCAGUGACUGGGUGCCCGCGGGCAACGGCGGCUGGUAGUGGGGAAGGGGGACAUCUCAGUAGGGAAGCCGAGAGGUGGCGGCGGUCGGUCGGUCACCAUGAGCACCUUCGCCUUGGAGGAGAGUCUGGAGGCGGACUGGGUGGCCGUGAGGCCUCACGCCUUCCAUGAACGGGAGAAGCACAAGUUCGUCUUCAUUGUGGCUUGGAAUGAGAUCGAGGGCAAGUUCGCCAUCACCUGCCACAACCGGACGGCGCAAAGGCAACGCAGCGGCUCCCGAGAGCUCCGCCGCGGUGGCAGCCCCAGUCCCGGAGAAGCCGAACAGCGAGCCGCCUCCAGCAAGGCGGCCGGGAGCCCCACGGUGCGCAGAAGUAGUCCGGCCUGGACCACCGGCGAGCCUGGCCAAGCCAGGAGCUCGCCGGUUUCGCCUGCCCGGGCCGCGCCGUUGCCAAGGAGCCCCGGCAGCCGAGCGGCUGAGGCGUCGUCGCAGAGGAGCCCGGCCAGAGUGAGGAGCAGCCCGGCCCGGAGGCCUCAGCCUGUUCCGAAGGCGCCACUCAGCCCUGCGGCCUGUGCGGCCGAGGACAUCGAGGUGCUGGAGCUGGGGAAGGACGAGUCUCCGGGAAGCGCCGCUUUCUUCCUGCCGGCCCCGCUCGCCGGGCCUCAAGCUGCCGAGCCGCCCUCUGUGGUUGCCUCGGAGACGGAGUCGUCGUCGUCCGGCGAGGAGUGCAGCUGGGCCGGUCUGUUCUCCUUCCAGGACCUGCGGGCUGUUCACCAACAGCUGUGCUCUGUCAGUUCCGAGCUGGAGCCCUGCUUGCCGGUCCUCCCCGAGGAGCCGUCGGGCAUGUGGACGGUACUUUUCGGGUCUCCAGAGCUCUCUGAGGAGGAGAUGGACGUUUUGUGCUACCAGCUGCAAGCUUACCUGGGCCACUGCCUGGACACCUGUGGGUGGAAGAUUCUCUCCCAGGUUCUCUUCACCGAAACGGACGACCCGGAGGAGUAUUAUGAGAGUCUGAGCGAGCUGCGGCAGAAGGGUUACGAGGAGGUCCUGCAGCGGGCCCGCAAGCGCAUCCAGGAGCUUUUAGAGAAACACAAGAAUACAGAAAGCAUGGUAGAACUGCUUGAACUAUAUCAAAUGGAAGAUGAAGCAUAUAGUAGUCUUGCUGAAGCAACCACAGAACUUUAUCAGUACUUACUGCAACCAUUCAGAGAUAUGAGGGAACUUGCAAUGCUCAGAAGACAGCAAAUAAAGAUAUCCAUAGAGAAUGAUUACCUAGGACCUAGAAGAAUUGAGAGUCUACAAAAAGAAGAUGCAGACUGGCAGCGGAAGGCCCACAUGGCAGUGCUUUCUAUUCAAGACCUUACUGUUAAGUACUUUGAAAUAACAGCAAAAGCACAGAAAGCUGUGUAUGAUCGAAUGCGAGCAGACCAGAAAAAGUUUGGUAAGGCAGCUUGGGCAGCAGCAGUGGAACGAAUGGAAAAGCUUCAAUAUGCAGUGUCUAAGGAGACUUUGCAGCUGAUGAGAGCGAAAGAAAUCUGUUUGGAACAGAAGAAACAUGCAUUGAAAGAAGAGAUGCAGACUUUACAGGGUGGCACAGAAGCCAUAGCCCAUUUGGACCAACUUGAAUCUGAUUAUUAUGACCUGCAACUUCAGUUGUAUGAAGUGCAGUUUGAAGUUUUGAAGUGUGAAGAACUGUUGCUGACAGCACAACUUGAAAGCAUUAAAAGACUUAUUUCAGAGAAAAGAGAUGAAGUAGUGUAUUAUGACACUUAUGAAAGUAUGGAAGCUAUGCUUGAAAAAGAAGAUAUGGUAAUGUCUAUACACUUGCAAAGAGAAGAGUUACAGAAGUUGCAACAGAAAGUCCGCCAGCUAGAAGCAAGGCGUGGGCGCAUUUCAGCUAAGAAAGCCUACCUCAGAAAUAAAAAGGAGAUCUGCAUUGCAAAACAUAGUGAAAAAUUCUUGCAGCACUUUCAAAGCGAAGAGGAGUCACAGCAUACUGCAAAGUUUAAGAGGGAACAGAUGCAAGCUGAAGAAGAAAGAAAAAGCUCAUGGGUUAGUCAGGAACGACAGAAAACACUGGACAGACUUCGAACAUUUAAACAACACCACCCUGGGCAGGUAAUACUCAAAUCAACCAGACUUCGACUGGCCCAUGCAAGAAGAAAAAGUACAGCCAGUUCAACCUCAUGCACUGAUCAUCCUCUAUUUCUACCAGUAACUACACAGACUGAUGAGAUGGGGCAAGAAAAAGUAACACCUUUACAAAUCCAGGAGCCUAGGAGCUUAGGACAAUUUGAAGAUACUUUACCUCCCUGUGGUGUUAUCUCUACAUUUUCUCAAAUUACUUCUCUUCCGGCUCUCAUCAGUAAUGAACUUCCUCCUAAUAUAGUUAAUGAGACACCACUUCCUGCCCCUCUGCCACCACCACCGCCACCACCUCUGCCCACCAAGGAAGAAUCUACUUGGUGCUCUGAGAAAAGCAGUAGCCCUGUUAAACAAUAUAGCAUGGAGAAGCCAGUCCUAUUGACCACUGUGGCACCCUCAGCUCAUUUCUUUGAUAGCAGCCAGUUAGUCAGUGCCAAGAAGAAACUAAAGAAGACAGGCGAUAUAGAAGGCUUGCAGAAGAGAAGAGUGAGUUCCCCAAUGGAUGAAGUAUUGGCUUCCUUGAAACGUGGUAGCUUCCACUUAAGGAAAGUUGAGCAGAGAAACCUCCCACCUUUCCCUGAUGAAGAUGACAGCAAUAACAUCUUGGCACAGAUAAGAAAAGGUGUGAAACUGAAGAAAGUGCAAAAGGACAUUAUGAGAGAAUCAUUCACAAUUCUACCUGAUGACCCUUUAACACGCAGUAUACACGAAGCACUACGACGAAUUAAGGAAGCCUCACCAGAGUCUGAAGAUGAAGAAGAGAACCUGCCUUGCACAGACUGGGAAAAUUAAGGUGCAGAUGAUCCUCCAGAAUAUGCUUUCCUUUCACUUUUGAAUGUGUAUAGUCAACAGUUUGAUCAUCACCUUCUGUCUGGGAAGGGCAUCAUCUGACAAACAAUAGAUGUGUGCUGAAGAGCUGGAAUACAUUUUUUAAAGUUAUGGUAGAAGAUUCUUUAUUUCGAUGUGUAUUUUGUGUAUCACUGAGGAGAAUGAACCUUUCAAGAUAUUUCUAGUUCUUCACUCAUUUUUUACAUUUGUGUGAAACACUAAAUUAGCACCAGUUGCAGUAAAGCUUCUUCCUGUCAUAAGUUACCAGGACAUGUAUGAAAUCUGGUCUUUGGUUCACUGAAGACUUCACUGUUUAAUAAACAAACAUCAACUUCUUAUACAACAGCAGGAAUUCUCAUAAAAAUCUUUAUUUAUCACUGUAUUUUUCGUGCAGAAGGUGGAUUUCAGAGAUAUAAUGCAUUUCUUAACUGUUCAUAGUACAAAAUACAAGUUUGUUUGAAAAUGUAUUGUUUACAGCAUAGUACAUUUAAAAUGGCAUAUAGCAGAACCCUCUAGAAGGCCAUGUAUACUGUGUACAUCUUAUAUUUUUAAAUUAGACUGUCCCGUGCUCUUAUAAAUAGUAACAUUUUAAUUGCAGGGCUGAGUUAUAAUGAAGUUACAUAAAAAAUUAUUUAUAGAAGCAAUAUUUUGUAAUGAGAAUACUUAAAAUUAUUUUUGUCUAUUAGUUUUGACUGUUCUUUGAUUUUUCUAAGAAACCUUUAUUUAAGGAGAAUGCAAAACUGAAAUAAGAUUUUACUUUUAAGUUUUGGAAGUUACAAUUCCCCCCCCCAGUAUUCUUAUUUCCAUUCAUUGUUACACAUAUUUGAACUAUGUAUCAGCCUGCUUAUUUGAAAACGUACUUCCUUUUUAACCCUGGUUGUAUAAUGGUCUAAAUGAGGCACAACCUUCAGUAGAGUGAAUAUGUAAAGCAACAUACUCCCAAACAGCAUGACUAAUAGCUGCAGGCAGCUAGUUUUAUAAUAACAGAGUGCUGAAUAGUAUUUCUGCACCAGGACUAAUCUUACCCUUAGUAAAACUCUCUCUUGAUGAAAAUCUCUACUUAAAGGAAAAUCUUGAGCUUGCCCCGCUUCUUAUUUUAAAUAAUGUAUAAUGAUCUCUUAUAUUAGGAAAAAUCCAUUUUAAAGUGAUUUACUAUACUUAUUCACAGCCCUGUUAUAAGCAGAUUCCAUGAACUUUGUAUAUUGGAUGGAAUGCAAUUAGUAAUUCCACCCACGUUUCAUAGUAAGAGGUUAAACAUCUUGCUUUUUUCCUUUUAAAAAUACUUAAAAGUACCCAGAACACUUGAUGAUACAUUAUUUAACAGUACAGUUCACCUCUUGGAAAUAUUUGGGUCUGCAACAAUGACCACCUUGGUCAAUGACAAAAAUGCCAAAUAUUUUAAUGGGACACCUUCCAUUCUAAAGCUUAUUGCCUUAUAUAGUCUGAAAUGCUGUCCUUUCCCGAAGAUAAGCUUGAGAAUAGCAUGAGUUUAGUUAAUAUGGGAACACCUUCUGUUGGGAAACAAAUAACAUCAGAUGUAUUAUGGAUUGAAUAUUAAUUUCCUGAAAAACAGACAACCCAAGUUUUCUUUACAAGUUACUGUAUAUUAACCAAAAUUGCAUUAUACAGUGUGUGGUUAUAAUCCCAGGUAAUGCAGGGUUCAGUGGCAAUAAUUAAAUCGCUGCAAAAUGUAUCUGUUAACCUCUAGCGUAAACCCGUCAUGUAUGUGGUUGAUAUGUCUUUGUUGUUUAGUCACCCGCACCCAAAUUUCCAUGAUAUAAUACAUUGUAUGAAUUUUUAGUCAUAGUACAAAACAUGAACUUCUGAAAAUUAGGCUGACAUGGAUCAUGUAAAGUUUUGCACAAUCAGUUGCAUCAGGAGCUUCAAGCAACACAUUUCACUGAACAGUUCACAUAAGACAUUAACAAAAUCCCUAUUGAAAAUUAGGAGUAACACUCCUUGCGCUUACACUGUUUUGCAUCUAGAAAUUUUGAAUUCAUGUGAAGAGGUUAUGAAGCUCCCAAUGAUUGUACAGAUGAAAUCUUUGUCUUGAAAACUGCAUGGUUUAAGAAAAACUAUGUCUGACAGUGUAACUAUUGCAAAAUUCAGAAACUGGCUUGAGUCUGUAAAAAUGGCUUAUUCAUAGCAUCAUAUUCCUUCAUCAUCUGUUAGGAAGAAGAGAUUGAUGUGGCUGCCAGUAGUGCCUGGACAGCAUUUUACACAAAUUUGUUAUGUCAGGACCUUGUCCACUAAUAGCAAUUAUUUUUACUCCUUGAAGCCAUUGCACGAGGCUGCAAACUGAGAGUGCUCUAAUCUGGUGCAUUUCUCACAACAGACUUUGCAAAUAUAUAGGCAUUUAAGAAAAGAUCUUGGUGAAUGCUACUUGAAAAGGCAUUCACACCUAAAUCUAUGCAGCUGACAAGUGUGCAUGAAAAAAUGCAAUCCGUAUUUUUAUGCUGUAGACUGAGCACGAUUCCAACUGUAGCCACUGUUCUCAAUUUCUUUUCCAUAAUGCAUACUAUAUGUCAAGAAACUUUGUGUAUUCCAGAUAUACCUAGAUGCUCCUGAAAUUGGUGGUAGACUUUCUCAAGGAACAAUAAAUGCCAGGUGGUGAUGAAUGGUGUGACGUGGCAAAUUUGCAGCAGGGGGUCCAAUGUGCUGAGAUGUUCUACUUUCCCUAGAAAAACAAAUUAUGUUGAAGGGGAACAGCAACAUUUGUUAAAGUGAUUUCAUAGUGUACGUAACAAUCCCAUGAGUCUUUAAUUUUAAUUGCUUGCUUUAUUUGUAUAGUGACUUUAAUAUUCUUUAGUAUAGAUAGUUUUGCUUCUUGUUUCAAACAUUUGCUUGUAAAGCUUUUCAAAAUAGAACAGCUUAUAUCAUAAUAUUGGUAACCACAAAAACAAAUUAACAGCACUAAAUUAUAUGUUGCAGAGGUAUAAGUGAAUCUAGUUCACCAAAUGAGUUUUGUCCUGAAGCUAUGUUUUAUGUAGAUGCUGUCUUCAGAGAAUCAUCUGCAUCUUUGCAAUGCAGUCCAGUCAAAAGAGAAAACUUUCACUGAUUGUCAACAUUUUUAUUUUUAUUUGAACUGAUUUUAAAAGAGCGAAUCAUAAAUUAAACCUAUUUGGAUUUAUGAGCGUAUUUAUUUUCACUGUAAUGCUUUUAUAAUUUGGUUACCCGUGUUAGUCAUCAUGAUUUCAAAAGCAUGAAGCAAGCUAAAUCUAGUGUUGGCGAAUUGUUAACAAGCACAUAGGCUUAUUGAAAGGAUGUGCAAGAGAUGCUUGUUGAAAGAGAUGGGUGUGCCUUAUUGAGAGCAUAUAGAACUUUUAAAAGCUACUAGAGCUGAUAGUAGUGUGCUAUCAAUAUUGACCCCAAUCUAUCAGCAGUCUGAUCCUGGAAACAGAUUGCAGCGCCAACCACCGUGGAAGGGAAUAUCCAGAUUCAAUAUGGUGUCCUGCUUUUCUGACAGCUUUGAUCACUCCAUGUUAUAGCAGCAGCUGCAUAGCUUUUUUGUGUUCUUGCAGUUCCCUGGAUUGGGGCUAAGUGUUCUUUAAUAGAGAAAAGCACAUUAUUUUAUUACUGUGUAAUUGUUUGAAAAAUACAGCACUAGCUGGUUUUAUCCUGUAACUAAUUUUAAAGCUUCCAACAAAGUAUAUAUUGCUACAUAAAACCUUAUGUCAUUAAAAUCUAAUUUGGGCCAUGGUGAACAUUACAUCAAUAUCUUUUGCAAGCUGUUAUCUAAUAUUUUGCACAGCCUUUUCUGUUGUUUAAGACAAUAGCAACAACAAACAAAAACCUGUUAAAUCUUUUCUAUGAACUGUCUAGGCCUGCAUGCUUAGAAUUCUAUUAUCUAUUAAUACGGGUGUUCACACUAAUUCUGAUGACAAAAAUGAUUAAAAGUCCAAUUCAGAAAAUACCUUCUUCCUGGCUUUAUACCCAGAGUGAGGAGAAGACUAGAACGGUCCCUCCCCAUCAUGAAUUGCAGAUAAAACAGAAGCUCUCUUAAGACAUUCAGCCUGAACACGUGAGGGCAAAAGUGUAGUGGGCCAGAGAUGUGUGUGCUAGGCCCACCUCCAAUAUCCCCACAUGAGCAAGACAUACCUGCUCCACACUCAGUCUUGCCAUGUUGAGUGGGAAGGUCUGAAGGGGGGCUCUAAGAAAGUUCAACUGAACGUGUAUAGGACCCCCUCGUGAGCGAGAUUGGGCUCCUGAUCGCAGGGAGACUUCUCAGUACUUUGAAGUUUCCUUCAUUCCUUUAUGCUAAGCAUGCAAGGAGCUGGAGCAGAGGGGACAGGGCUGGCAUGUGUGUUCGCUUGUUUAUGUUUCACCAGAAUGUCUGAAGAGGGCUAUACAGAACCACAAGCACCAGUGGCAAUUAUAAAUAAAUUCUAGCUAACAACAGAGAAAGCCUUUAGUAUGUUCCACCAUAGAAGUAACAAAGCAAUCAUGUGCCAGUUCAAAUAUAACUGUGACGUGUCUCUGGAAUUACCACAUCCUAUUUCCCAAACACCUGGAUCAGGAAAUCCCCAGGAAGUCCACCUCAGUUUUGCUCAGAUAUGCCCUCUGUACCUCAAGCUUCAGUCCCACCACCUUUUCCCCCAAAAGAUGACCACUGGGAUAAUCAGUCUGUAAAAUUGGUAUAGGAAGGGAAUAGGAGCUUCGUGUGGUAGCCCUCUUGACCAAGCUGACACAUGGGAUUUUGAAUCAAACAAACAAACUUUAUUAUAUAGAUGAUGUUAAAAGGUAAUAAUAAAUGAAAAAGUUGUUGUUCCUAUCCUACCCCACUAAUUCCAAUGAAAUCCUUCCCCCAAAACCUCAGCCCUUCUAACUCAAUGUUCUCUUCUUGAUCCCUAAUCCUAUCUGUCGAAUCCCAGUGGUUUUUCUCUCUAAAACUCCUCUUGGAUUUCUCGCUCACACCCCCUCACACCUGUCAGCCAUCAUCUGCACCUACUAACAUUCUAAUAACACUUUCCUGCCUGAAUAUCAUUUCAAAACAGUUUUAAACAUAUAAAUAAGUCUGAUUUCGUUGCAGUAACACUAAACCAUAGUGUAAUGUUAUAAAAAUGAGCUGGGUCAGCCUUGGGCUUACACUCUUGCAUAUCCACUUUUUGGUUUAUACUAACCACCAUUUAUUGUUAAGUCUGAAGCAGAACAAAUGUGGUUAGUGUUAAAGGAUAGUUUAUUGAAACAAGCCAAGAUUAAACUCUGGCUCAUUCAAUAACCAUAACUAAAACUAGUCAGUUUCAGGUUCAAAUGUAACAAUAAAUUCUGAUUAAUUAAAACCAGGAAGGAAAUGCUUCCAGUCUUCUUGCUGCAGUGGAUAAGGGGUAGAGCUGAGUAUUUGAGGUGAGCCUUGAGCAGGCUUGCUCACUUGACAUUGGCUAAACCAUGGUUUAGUAUUACAUCUGGACCAGUCACAGACUCUCUUUCAAAAUGUACCAGCCAGCAUCUUGCACUUGGAAUCAGCAGCAGUGACAUGGGUUAGGAUGCACCCACUGCUCAUCCCAUGUAAAACUAAACAAACUCUUGCAAGUACAUUCAAAAAAGGGAUAGACUCAUUGGCUAGUACAAACAAUAACUGGAAGCCCAGCUAAAAAGUCACUGGAUCCAUGGUCAGUAACACCCUCCUGUGAUGAGGGGGGUCAAGUAAGGCACAUGUCAGUCUGGUCUCACAUUGGGUAUAAUCCCUGAACAGGUCCAAACUUGUAUUAUUGGGUGGCUUCACAGAGCAUUAAGUGUUGUGGAGGACAUGUGGCUGAACUAGCAUGAGCACAGCUGGGCGUGUGCACAUAGUAGAGGGAUGGCUAACCUGUGACCCUCUAGACAUUGCUGUACAACCUCCAUCAGCUCCAGCAGGGAUGGACAAUGGUUGGGGAUUAUGAGAGUUGUAAUUUAACAGCAUCCCUGACUAGUGCCUCUGUUCCCUGCAAUGCCACUGUGCCCCUGCAUGAUUGGUUGGUGAUUGUAACACAGCCUUCACAAGGGAAAGAGUGAUCAUGACAUCCAACACUGAAAUGCAAAGAUGAGUUCUCAAACUUACAAAUGAGAACAAAUCAAUACUGCAAGAAUUUCAGUUAUAGAUGUGCCCUUAGAGGGUGUGUUUUUCACUUUAAAACGGUGGUAAUGUAAUCUUCAGGUUUUGUAAACUAAGCAUUGUGGUUACAGACUAUUGCCAUUUGCUUAUGCUGUUGUCUACUUGCCAUAAAUGUCAACAGCAAAUGUGGCAUUUUUAUUAUUAUGGUUUGGUUCCUUAGUAUCAAUCAUGACUUAUGGGAAAUGCUUUAUUUUAUAAAUUACUUCUUAUAUGAAGUGAUACGCUCCUACGUCAUACUCAAAAAAGGCACACUGAAAUCAGUGGACUUACUCUGAGUAUGAUUAGAGAUCACCCAAAGUUUCCCCCCACUCUAUUGUCCCAGUCACCCCUCCCCUUUUGUAAUGUUGUCCAUAUGUUUGUUUAUAUAUAUAUGUAUGUUUGUUUAUAUAUAUAUAUAUGUAUGUAUGUAUGUAGAAAUACCAGCAGUCCACAGGGAUCCCCAAAUAGGAGCUGGACUAUGCUGUGCUCUCCCUGCUGCUGAUUUCAAUUCCCCCCAAAACUGAAUGUUCCCCCAAUGGAGUAAAUGGCAAUUUCAAAGGGGGGAUUUAAAAAGAAAAACGAUAAGGAAUGGGUUAAAAAACAAAACAGUGCCAUGGCCCCAAUACAAUGAUUGCUUUGACCUUUUUUAAAAAAACUGGUAUUCCAAUUAUGGAGCUCCCAUUGUCACAGCUUAACUUGGUCCACCGUUUUACUGUGGCCUCAGCCUACUUGAUAUUUAUUUGUCAUUUUAUGAGUUGCCAGGAGUCAGAGGUGUGUUAAUGCGUUUGCUGAAAUGUAGAAGGCUGUUGAUUAUGUUGCAUGGGUAAAGCUUGUUAAACAUUAAUGGAACACUUCAUCUUUCAAAAGCUCAACACUCAAAAGGAAAACUGAUUCACUGUUCACUUAGUGCAAAAUGACUAAAAAUGAGCACACUGUGCUAAACUCCUUUAACACAAUUGUAUUUAAUGGACAUUUGUAAAUGGACAUUGCGUAUGUAAAAUGCUGCAGCAACCUUGCAAUACCUUUAUAAUGCUCAGUGUUCCAAAGUAUUACUCAUGAAGCCUAAACUAAAUGAGCAUUCUUAGCAAUAUUCUGAAAACUAAGUUUUAACUGUUUGCCCUUUUGCUUUUUUUCUCUUUUGCCUUUCUGCAACUUUAUUGUAUUGCUUCACACUUCAUGUUUUUUACUAUCAUGGCUUUGAAAUUCAAACCUGUACCCAAAAUCCUGAAUGACUUGUCUCUUGUACAUGCAAUGUAACAACAUU